UGUUCGGAUGUCGAGUAAGCGCAGUUCCUUCCAUCAAUCAGGCUUGCGAGUCCGUAGUUGGAUCUCGAUUUAGGCUCGAUAUAUGUAGGGUCGCCGUUUUACCUCGCGACCAGCCCUGGCCUUCAUGUUUGUAGUGUUCCAGGUUGGGGCCGCGGCCAUGGCGGACCACAGCGACAUCAGUCUGCCGCCGGAGGAGCGCGUGCGCAUCCUUACCAAGAAGGGGAGCUGGGUGGACAUCAAUGACGAGGUGCCCCUGCGCCGCUACUUCCGCUCGGGCAUGGAGAUGAUCCGCAUGGCCAACAUCUACGCCGAGGAGGGCAGCAUUGAGCGGGCGUUCGUCCUCUACAAUAAGUACAUCACGCUCUUCGUAGAAAAGCUUCCCAAGCAUCUAGAUUAUAAAACAGCGAAUAUUCCAGAGAAAAAGGACACGCAAAAGAAAUUGAAGGACGUGGCUUUUCCGCAAGCUGAAAUCCUAAAGAAAGCACUUCUCAAGAGAUUUGAACAAGACUAUGAUCAGUAUUGUGUCAAGAAGAAAGCGGAGGAGGAGGCUCUGGCUCUGCAGCAGUCGCGCCAGCGGGCCCUGGAUGCCGAACGGGAACGCGUGGCCGAGAUGCAGCGGCGGCAGCAGGAGCAGGAACAGUUCAGCGCCUUUGAGGAGAUGAUCCGGCGGCAGGACCUGGAGCGAGAGCGCCAACGCGUUCUCCUGGAGUUCGGCCAGCCUUCGGCGCCUCCCCAGGACACGCCGCUCAUCCCAGGCAUCAUGGGCCCACCCGCCAUCUCGCCCGCGCCGCCGCACAGCCCCCGCGACGCGGCCGGGAACCACCCUCCCUCGUCCGCCGCCCCGCCCAGCUUCGACCGUUCCCUUAAGCCCGGCUCGCUGCUCAGCCCCGGGAACAACGACCUGACGGUGGAUGCCCUCCGCCAGCUACUCGUGCCGUCGGAACUGUGCCGAAGUUUCCUGCGGCUGGCCGAGGCCAACACCAGCCGGGCGGUCGAAACCUGCGGCAUCCUCUGCGGCAAACUGACCAGAAACACAUUCAGCGUGACGCACGUCAUCGUUCCCAAGCAAUGCGGCGGCCCCGACUAUUGCGACACGGAGAAUGAGGAGGAGCUCUUCCUCAUACAGGACCAGUAUGAUCUCAUCACCCUGGGCUGGAUCCAUACUCACCCAACGCAGACGGCGUUCCUGUCCAGCGUGGACCUGCACACGCACUGCUCGUACCAGAUGAUGCUGCCUGAGGCCAUCGCCAUUGUCUGCUCGCCCAAGUUCAAUGAGAUCGGCUACUUCAGAUUGACAGAUCGGGGAACCAAUGAGAUCUCCUCGUGUAAGCAGAAGGGCUUUCACCCUCACAGUAAAGACCCGCCUCUAUUUACCCAUGCCGGCCAUGUCACCAUCUCUAACGACGCCGUCUCCGUGAUGGAUUUGCGGUGAUUUGAGGAUUUUUUUUUUCCCCCCUUUCUUUUCUUUCCUCCUCCUCCCGUUCCUCCUGCGACGACACUCUAACUGUUUUAUCACACCGGAGAGUUUUUAUUUGUUUCCAGGAUUUGUCUUCAUAUCGUUCUGUGGACUAGGAGUGUUUUCCGAGGGGGAAAGAAACAAAACAAAAACAAUCGAACAACAUCGUCAUUAUCUCACUCGUGUUCACUUUGGUGUCUGCGUUCUGAAUGUGUUUGUGUUGUUCUCCAAGUUUCCGCCUGACUGAUUUAAGUGCCGAGGGCGACGACGUGGAUGACAUUGGAUGUUCAGACUGCAAAUUUGAUUUGCUCAAGGCGGUUGGAACUCAGGUGCAAACCCAUCAAACAUCUCAAACUUUUUAUUUUUGGAAAGGCAUUCGUCAAAGCUUGUGUUCCUCGUGUGUCCUCGCUUCAGAAAGCGUGAAUGUACAACUCCACUAAGCUUCCCGUGCCUCGUUCCCCCCCUCUCAAGAGUUGGUUUGCGAGCCUCGUGUUGAGAUCAUUGUGGACAGUUAUAGCCCACCCGUGUGUGCAUAUGCAAAUAUCUUCCAUUGAUAAAAUGCCAAGAGGAAAUAAAAUAACUGUACAUGA